UUUGCUUAUGAAGUUGUUAAAAUAUUUUAAUCUUCGGUUAAAGUAUUAAUUGGAUAAUAAUAACUUGAAUCCGAAAUGAAGUAAAACGUAUAUUUGAGUUCAACGAUAAUCAAAUUGGUUUAAUUUUAUAAAUCAAAUCUAAACGAAACUAAUCAUUUAAGAACAAUGUGGUUUGAAUGCAUUUGGAUAGCAUUAAUAGCUAUAGCUAUAAUAACAAACAAUAGUGUAUCUCAUGCUCAAAGUCAAAACACUAGUGAAUUUAAUAUAACGCACCCAGAAAAUGAUAAAGUUCAGAGAGAAUACAAAACACUAAAUACAAAAAACAUUACAAAAGUUAUAGAUAAUGGAAACAAAAUUAAUACCCAAACAAUAUUUGGAGAUAUUAUUGCAAAUAGCAUGAAAAAUUUUUUACCUUUUUCUAAUGUCAAUGAAAAUUGUACUAAAGAUGGACAACAUUUUGUGAAUAAUUUAAAUAACCAAACACUAUGGGCUGUUAAAAUGUACACUUCUUCAUCUAAAUAUCCUGGAUCCAUUUUAUCCGGUGACAUCAAUGAACUUGGAUACUUUGACCAAUGCAUGCGCGUGUCAUCAAAACGUCACGGGAUUCACGGAGCGUACGCCUUAGCGAACGUACGGUUUUACUCAACUGCAGAAAACAGACCUGCCGAACAGCUCCUCGACCAAUUCGACAUAAUUAAAGCAGAUUGGGAACGAUCAAAAAGGGACGCGUUGGCAGUAAGACCAGAAAACCUAUUAUGGGCGUUAUGUUUUCCAGACUCGUGUACCAACGAAGACAUACGAUUAUCCAUCGAUCGUGCGUUGACACCAGCUCUCCAGGCGCGCAAUAUCAGCAUAAACGUCGCAGUGCCGCCGUUGAUGUACACCUCCAAAAACACGACGAUGGAGUAUACCAAUUCAGUUUUUAUCAUUUAUGCAAUAUUUACCGUGGGCUGUGCAUUGAUGACCGUCGGGACGUUAUACGGUUUAUUUGCAGAUCACUCGAAAUUCGGAAAAUCUACUCUUGCCAGUAAGUGCUUACAUUCAUUUUCAAUAAUAACAAAUAUGAGAAACUUAACGGAAGAUUCAAAAACCAAAGACUUUGCCGUAACCAAUGGACUUAAAACUUUGGGAAUAUUUUCCGUGAUAAUCGGUCAUAGAGUAGCUCUAAACUUAGGAAUUCCAUCUUUUGAUCCAGAAUAUUCCGAACAUAUUUUUACCGAUUUUUGGUGGUCGUUCCUCAAGUCUCCAGUUGCAGUUGAGAUAUUUUUCAUAAUAAGUGGAUUUUUUACAUACAUCGUGAUCGAAGAGCGUUUAAGGAAUGGAAAACCAUUAAAGUUUAUAUUCUUAAUAAUUUAUCGAAUAAUCAGAAUUUACCCAAUGUAUAUUACUGUUAUUGUAAUAUUUGCAUUUAUUUUGCCUUAUAUGGGUGAUGGUCCAUUGUGGAAACUUAUCGUUUACCCCGAAGCUGAGUUUUGCCGGAAAAACUGGUGGACCAAUCUAUUAUUUAUAAACAACUAUGUUCAUUCAAACGAAAUGUGUAUGGUACACGCGUGGUACUUGGCAUGUGACAUACACUUUUUUAUAGUUGGAAUUUUCUUGACCUAUAUUGUAUGGAGAUGGAAUAAAGCCGGUGUUGUUAUUUAUGGAAUUCUCUUUGCUAUCUCUAUCUAUAUACCUGCAAAAUCAAUUUAUGAUAAUAAACAAUGGGGAGUAAUGCCAUACUUUCAUGGUAAUAUUAAAAAUCUCAGGACAACUGAACAUUUUCAAACAAUUUAUAUAAAAAGUCAUCAUAGGAUCACUACAUACCUCGUUGGUCUGGCAGCCGCUUAUAUAUACUUGCAUAUAAAACAAUCAAAAUUCAAAUUUUCAGUAGGAAGUAGAAUAAUAGGAUUAAUUACAUGCACAUUGUUACAUACAGCUUGUUAUAUUGUUACCGGCUACUUAUACUUACCAAGCCUUACGUACAAUCCAUGGAAUCACAUAAUUUACUUCACGUUCCAGAGAAUUGUAUAUUCGUUGACUAUAUCGUAUUUGCUUGUCGUCAGUUCUUUAUCUAAUUUCGGUUUUGUCAGCAGUUUUAUUGAGUGUAAACUUUUCACUGUAAUAUCAAGAUUAUCGUACGUUCUGUACCUGACACAUUUUAUUGUUCAGUUACAAAGUAUUGGUCAAAUCCGUCAACCACAAUAUGGAAACUUUUGGACAUUGUAUUGGGAAAUUAAUGCCGAUAUAAUAACAGCUCUGUCGUACUCUUUAUUUUUUAAUCUAAUUGUAGAAGCACCAUGCAGAAAAAUAUUAAAGGAAUUUAUGAAUAUAUUUCUUAAAGCUGGAAAAGAAUCGGACACGGAAGAAUCAUAAUGUUCAUGGUGGGAGUAAUACUCAAACAUUAAAUGCAGCUAUUUCAUAUUUUAAAAAAGCUUAAAAAAAUUAAACUAAAUGCCUUUUCAAUAUUAUAUUGUAAAAUCUUAGUGAACUUUUAAAAUGUAUAAUAUAUAAUGUAUUUAUUUUACCUACACGUAUAUAUGGUGCUAGAGUAAUAAAACAGUGCGAAUUUGU